GUCGCGCCUGACCUCGCUGCGGGGCUGUGACGCGCAGGAGCGGGCAGCAGGCGCCGGCCGCCGGCAUGUCGCUGCCUCCGGAGAAAGCCUCCGAGCUGAAGCAGCUCAUCCACCAGCAGCUGAGCAAGAUGGAUGUCCAUGGUAGAAUAAGAGAAAUUCUUGCUGAGACUAUACGGGAAGAAUUGGCGCCUGAUCAACAACAUUUAUCAACAGAAGAUUUGAUCAAAGCUCUUAGACGUCGAGGAAUCAUUGAUGAUGUGAUGAAGGAACUUAAUUUUGUUACCGACAGUGUUGAUCAAGAACCCCCUUCCUCUCCAAAACAACCUGGUGGUUUUGAUAAACAAUCAACAUUAAAAAAAUCUAAUAUUGAUCCAACACGGAGGUAUCUUUACCUUCAGGUUUUGGGUGGAAAAGCGUUCUUGGAACAUCUGCAAGAACCAGAGCCUUUACCAGGACAAGUCUGUUCAACCUUUACUCUAUGUUUACAUUACCGGAACCAACGCUUCCGAUCCAAACCUGUCCCAUGUGCCUGUGAACCAGAUUUCCAUGAUGGCUUUUUACUUGAAGUACACAGAGAGAAUUUAGGUGAUGGAACUAGAAUGGCUGAUUCAACAACAAUGCUAUCAAUAAGUGAUCCAAUUCAUAUGGUACUAAUCAAAACAGACAUAUUUGGUGAGACCACUUUAGUAGCAUCCUACUUCCUGGAAUGGCGAUCAGUUUUGGGCUCAGAAAAUGGAGUGACUAAUCUGACUGUGGAACUUAUGGGUGUAGGCACAGAGUCAAAAGUUUCUGUGGGAAUUUUAAAUAUAAAACUUGAAAUGUACCCACCACUGAACCAAACAUUAUCUCAAGAAGUAGUGAACACACAGCUUGCCUUGGAACGUCAGAAAACCGCAGAAAAAGAACGAUUAUUUCUGGUGUAUGCAAAGCAGUGGUGGAGAGAAUAUUUGCAAAUUCGACCGUCGCACAACUCACGACUAGUUAAGAUAUUUGCACAGGAUGAAAAUGGGAUAAAUAGACCAGUCUGUUCUUAUGUUAAACCACUUCGAGCUGGACGUCUUCUGGAUACCCCAAGGCAAGCAGCAAGAUUUGUUAAUGUACUUGGUUAUGAACGAGCCCCUGUUAUCGGAGGAGGAGGUAAACAGGAACAGUGGUGCACUCUGCUGGCCUUUCUCUGUAGAAACAAGGGUGAUUGUGAAGAUCAUGCUAACCUUCUGUGCAGCCUCCUUCUUGGAUAUGGACUAGAAGCUUUUGUCUGUGUGGGAACUAAGGCCAAAGGAGUGCCUCAUGCAUGGGUUAUGACCUGUGGAACUGAUGGAACCAUCACUUUCUGGGAGAGUUUAACAGGACACAGGUACAUCCACAAGCCUGUUAAUCCCGAUGAACCUCCACUUACUGAGCAGCCCAAACCACUGUAUCCAUAUCGAACAAUUGGUUGUGUUUUCAAUCAUCAGAUGUUCCUGGGAAAUUGUCAACCCUCAGAUGCAGUAGAAACCUGCAUAUUUGAUUUGAAUGAUGAAUCCAAAUGGAAACCCAUGAGUGAAGAAGCAAUCAAGUCUGUGUGCGCUCCUGGAGCUACCACAGCCCUUCCUCCCUUCCCACCCCUGUGCGCGUCCACCAUAGAUGCCUCGGUCACAAGUAAUGAGAUAGAAAUGCAGCUGAGGCUCCUGGUGUCAGAACACAGGAAGGAUCUUGGCCUCACUACGGUGUGGGAAGACCAGCUUUCCUAUCUUUUAUCGCCGGCCUUGGCUUCUUACGAAUUUGAGCGAACAACAAGUAUAUCUGCAGGCAAUGAAGAAUUUCAAGAUGCCAUAAGGAGGGCUGUGCCUGAUGGGCACACAUUUAAAGGGUUCCCAAUACAUUUUGUAUACAGGAAUGCAAGGCGUGCAUUUGCCACAUGUCUUCGGUCUCCUUUUUGUGAAGAAAUAAUCUGUUGUCGUGGAGACCAGGUGCGACUGGCAGUUCGAGUUCGGGUGUUUACUUAUCCUGAAUCUGCAUGUGCUGUUUGGAUCAUGUUUGCUUGUAAAUAUCGCUCAGUACUAUAGGACCAACAUUUCUAUAAGAAUUACACCUGUGUUUUAUUGGAAUUGUAUAGUAUUAUUUGUCUGAAGGUUUAUUUUAAAAUCAGCAUCUAUCUUAGAUAUCAUUAUUUCAGUUUUGUACAGACC